AGAAAGAGAGAGAGAAAGCAACUCCACGUGUCUGUGUUUCUCUCCCAUUUGUCACCCGCUUCGGCUUUUACCGGUCAGUCUGUCAGUCGAGGUUCCCCUCUCGGUUCUUUUCUGUCCGGUUCUUGUUCUAUAGUUUGUGUCAUGGUACGUCGGAGCUCCUUCUCCCUGCUCCUGCUGCUCCUGCUGGGCCUGACGCUGCGGCUCUCCUCGGCUCAGGAGGAGGUUCCGGCGGCCGAAGACGCCCCGGCCCAGCCAGCAGCUGUGGCCCCAGAAGGGGGAGAGGAGGGGGACGAGGACUGGGGCCUGGACUCGCUCAGGGGGGGCUUCCAGGCGGUCAACGGCUAUUUCGACUCCGUGCUGGAGUUUAUGGGUGGACGCGACGGAGUAUGCCAGCACAAAUGUCGCUAUGGUAAGGCCCCAGUGCCCCGUCCCAACUACGAACACCCAGAACCAGACGGCUGCAGUGCCUACUUCCUGGGCCUGCCUCUACCCGAAGCGGUGGACCUGGGGAUCCCUGCCAUCACCAAGUGCUGCAACCAGCUGGACCUGUGCUACACCACCUGCGGCUCCAACAAGUACCGCUGCGACUCCAAGUUCCGCUGGUGCCUCCACAGCAUCUGCACCGACCUCAAGAAGAGUCUGGGACUGAUGUCAAAGGUCGAAGCCUGUGAGACGGUAGCAGACACGCUGUUCAACACGGUGUGGACGUUGGGCUGCAGGCCCUACAUGAACGGCCAGCGCGAGGCGUGUCUGUGUGAGGGAGAGGAGAGGGACGAGCUCUGAGCCCAUGCAGCUCACCGUCAGCUCCAACACACGACAAGGACAGACAUGACGCUCCGUUCCACCCUGUCUCUUCUGUGUCCAUGUUUUUUUUUUUUAAAUUUGGCCAACACGUUAAAGUGACUUUUUAAGUGACUUGAUUACAAUUCCCAAUAGUUAAUAUUAACAAUGUUGUUAUACAAUGGUGUCUUCAAGAGUGUCUUCUGCUAUCUGAACAACUUUCUUUCAAAGAUUUAUUUUGAAUCGGUUGAAGAAGAUACAUCAUCUGAACAACAUCUGGAUGAAAAAUAUGUUGAAUUGCACUACACUCAUAUUGAUAUUAUGUAUUAUUCUUGGAACAUCUCAUAAAUGUGAAAUUUGUAUA